GUGCACGCUCGGUAGUGAACACCGUAUAUGACUGUUCAUUCAUAAACACAGCGAAGGCAAACUGACUGACAGUUGAAUCGAGAGUAAGAAAAUCAACAAUUCCGGACAAUCAAGCUUUUGACACCAAGAGAGCAAAUCACCACUUUUAUCUGGGCGUUUCUUCCUUUUCUUGAGGUUGUGUUUAUUUCACUAGUUUGUCACAGCUUCAGAUCCGAAGAAUGAGAGGGAAUCUUUCCCCGAACGAAGAUAUUUCAGCGUAUUAUUCAAUGAUGCCAGUCUCGGACUUCCAUGAAAAUGUUCCCUGUACGGUGGAGCCCGCGGAGAGUGUCUGUGGAGCGGCAGAACCUGUCACCUCCAGACUGCGGAUGGAGAAUACUCCUCUGGCGCAGGAUAGAGGAUGCGCGCAGGACGUAGCUGAAGAGUUAAAGGAAAAAACUGUGCUUGCCCCACCAAUGUUCAUCUUUCAAAAGAAAACCCCAUCCAUGAAGAGAAGCGCAGAGAGAUGGGAGGAGGACUCAGUUAUGGGAAUCAGUCCAAACAAACGAGUCAGAUCGCUCACCUACCCUAACCCGAACAACAGAAUCAGGAAAGGCUCCUGUGACGGCAGUAGACGAGUGCGAUCAUGCUCUCUCUCUUUCCCCCCGCGUCCUCCAGUCUCAAGAUCAAAUGUCUUCAUGCCCUCAAAUCUCUGCAGCCAGACCAACAUUUCCCAAAACAAAGUGUCACCUCUGAACAGGGUCAGAAGGUCAUUACUUCAGCCUGCACGUCUCCUCGCCCCUCAGCCCAGGAACAACAUCUCACAGUCACACCUAUCUGAGGUCAGCCAUGACCUUUCAGACGAUUGCUGCAGCGUCACAACUGACCACUCCUCCACUGUGAGUGUAUUACAUCUGAAGACGUUCCCUCAAGUUCACAGAUUGAAGGCAGACACUAUUACCUCAGACAGGGUCCAGUUUGUAUUUGGGGAAAACAUGGGCGCGAGAGUUUUGAGACCACAGAAAUUGCCCAGCAGUGAACAUUCUGAUUGCAGCUCCUCUAAUUCUGAUUCCUCCACCUUUGAGACAAGGCAUAAAGGUGCUGUGUGGAGCAGCCUGAGGGAGUCUGCUGCAGCUUACACAGAGUCCUGUGGGAGGCAGCGUGUGCUCAGGCGGGUUCAGCUGUUCACUGGGGAGGAGAAGGAGAGCAAUGUGGUCCAGCUGACCUGCAGACUGUUUGUUCUGGAAAAUGGAACUCAGGCAUGGAAUGAGCGAGGGAGAGGAGUCCUGCGACUCAAUGAUCUAAUGGCAGGGACCAAAGGAGGGCUGCAGUCCAGGAUAGUGAUGAGGCACCAGGGCAGUCUGAAAGUCAUCCUCAACACUAAGCUCUGGCCCCACACACACCUGCGUCGCCCCGCCCGUCGGAACCUCCAGGUGACGGCCACCGACGUGGAGACCCAGGCCAUCCGGGUGUUCCUCAUCCAGGCCAGCGCCAGGGACGUGGCUCGCCUCUACGUAGCCAUCCACCAUCGGCUGGUAGCCCUACGGUCCAGUGCUGCUGGGAGGGAGGCAGGGGGCAGGACCAGGGAGGGACACUGCAACAGUGAGAAUGAGGAAGAGGAGGAGCAGGAAGAACAGAGACAACGGCAAGAACGAGAAGGGCUGCUAGUGACACGAUUACGACCUGUGGUUUCUGAUUGGAUACACAGUAAACCCAGUUUGGAAUCUUGGUGACAUGACAUUAUACUGACCUGGACCAUGCAACAGUUUGUGGUGUCAUCACAUCUGAACAGAACUUUUAACCAUCAUGGAACAAAACAUCAAGAGACAGCUUUCAAAAAUAAAUACUAGCAUUUACUGAGCUACCAUGAUUACCUUUUGCCAAAAGAACAUACAUUACAUGACCAAAAGUAUGUGGACACCUGCUUGUCGAACAGCUGAUUCCAAAAUCAUGGGCAUUGAUAUGGAGUUGGUCCCCCCCCCCUUUGCUGCUGUAACAACCUCCACUCUUCUAGGAAGGCUUUCCAUGUGAUGUUGGAACAUUGCUGAAAGGCCUUGCUUCCAUUCAGCCACGAGCAUUAGUGAGGUCAGGCACUGAUGUUGGCCGAUUACGCCUGGCUCGCAGUCGGUGUUCCAAUUCUUCCCAAAGGUGUUCAAAGGUGUUUGAGGUCAGGGUUCUAUGCAGGCCAGUCAAGUUCUUCGACACCGAUCUUGGCAAACCAUUCUGUAUAGACCUAGCUUUGUGCAUGGGGUCAUUGGCAUGCUGAAACAUGGAAGGGCCUUCCCCAAACUUGCCACAAAGUUGGAAGCACAGAAUCGUCUAGAAUGUCAUUGUAUGCUGUAGCGUUAAUAUUUCCUUUCACUGGAACUAAGGGUCCUGGCCUGAACCAUGAAAAACAGCCCCAGACCAAUAUUCCUCCUCCGCCAAACUUAACAGAUGGCACUAUACAUUCAUGCAGGUAGCGUUCUCCGGGCAUCCGCCAGACCUAGAUUUGUCCGUCGGACCACCAGAUGGUGAAGCGUGAUUCAUCACUCCAGGGAACGCGUUUCCACUGCAGAGUCCAAUGGCGGCGAGCUUUACACCACUCCAGCCGACGCUUGGCAUUGCGCAGGGUGAUCUUAGGCUUGUGUGCAGCUGCUCGGCCAUGGAAACCCAUUUCAUGAAGCUCCCGACGAACAGUUAUUGUGCUGACAUUGCUUCCAGAGGCAGUUUGGAACUCAGUGAGUGUUGCAACCGAGGACAGAAUUUUUGCUGAGGCGUUGUUGUUCCUAGACCAGGGUUCCCCAAUUGGCGGCCCACGUACGGUGGUUUUAUAUGGCCCUCCGAGUUUCUGAGCCAAAAAAAUAAACCAAAAUUAUACACUUAAAAUAUAUUGUUGAACAUAAGACUAAAAACAAAGAUAUCAGCUCCAAUUUAUUUUAAUUUUGGAAAAUCUGUUCUAGUAUUCCAACGCAUAAUAUAGAAAUGUGAUCGUAUACCAAGGUAAGUAAGGUUUGAAAUUGUUUUAGUCAAAUAUUAUAUCUAUGAGAUUAAUUGCAGUCAAUUUGCAGUCUACAAUUGAUCUUUAAUCAUGACCUGGUCCUCCAACCAUCUGCUGAGGAAAAAUAAAUAAAUAGGCCCGUGGCUGAAUCUCGUUGAUGAUCCCUGUCCUAUACAUUUCCACUUCACAAUUACAGCACUUACAGUUGAACAGCGCUAGCAGGGCAGAAAUUUGAUGAACUGACUUGUUGGAAAGGUGGCAUCCUAUGACAGUGCCACAUUGAAAGUCACUGAAAUCUUCAGUAAGGCUGCCAGUGUUUGUCUAUGGAGAUUGCAUGGCGGUGUGCCUGAUUUUAUAUACCUGUCAGCAACGGGUGUGGCUGAAAUAGCAGAAUACACUAAUUUGAAGAGGUAUCCACAUACUUUUGUGUAUAAAGUGUACCUUUGUGUUGACAUAACUAUAUUGCUGUACUUAGUUGUGUACUUUACCAAAUUGUGGCAGUGUGCAAGGAGAGGGUAUACUGCCACAUUUUUAUUAUGCAUUUAUAAUGAAUAAGUGCUAUUUGUGGCCGAGGCACCCACAUUACUUACUGGAAACCUAUUUGGAAUGUUUCCAAAAUAUUUUGUUAUUCUAUAUUUUAGGGGGGAAAACUUUAACAAUGUUUAGAUCUUUCACUACAAAUAUAUUAUUAAUGUCUUUACUUACAGUGCCUUCAGAAGGUAUUCAGACCCCUUGACUUUUUACACAUUUAGUUAGGUUACAGCCUUAUUCUAAAGUUGAUUAAAUAGUUUGCUCCCUCAAUCUAUACACAUUAACAAAGCAAAAAUGGGUUUUAAGAAAUGUUGGCACAUUUAUUAAAAAUAAAAAACAAAUAUAUUUACGUAAGUAUUCAGACCCUUUACUCAAUACUUUGUUGAAGCACCUUUGGCAGCGAUUACUGCCUUGAGUCUUCUUGGGUAUGGCGGCAACCAGCUUGGCACACCUGUAUUUGGGGAGUUUCUCCCAUUAUUCUCUGCAGAUCCUCUCAAGCUCUCAGGUUGGAUGGGGAGCGUCGCUGCACAGCUAUUUUCAGGUCUCCAGUUCGGUCAGGAUGUUAGGGUCAUUGUCCAGUUCUAAGGUGAACCGUCGCCCCAGUCUGAGGUCCUGAGCGCUCCGAAGCAGGUUUCUAUCAAGGAUUUCUCUGUACUUUGCUCCGUUCAUCUUUCCCUCAAUCCUGACUAGUCUCCCAGUCUGUGCUGCUGAAAAUCAUCCCCACUGUGUUCUUGGGGACCUUCAAUGCUGCAGAAAUGUUUUUUACUUUUUACCCUUCCCCAGAUCUGUGCCUCGAUACAAUCCUGACAGAGCUCUAAAUCAAAUCAAUGUUAUUGGUCACAUACACAUGGUUAGCCAAUGUUAAUGCGAGUGUAGCGAAAUGCUUGUGCUUCUAGUUCUGACAGUGCAGUAAUAUCUAACAAUUCCCCAUCUACCUAAUACACACAUCUAAAGGGAGGAAUAAGAAUAUGUACAUAUACAGUGGGGCAAAAAAGUAUUUAGUCAGCCACCAAUUGUGCAAGUUCUCCCACUUAAAAAGAUGAGAGGCCUGUAAUUUAUCAUAGGUACACUUCAACUAUGACAGACAAAAUUAGAAGAAAAAAAAUCUAAUCACAUUGUAGGAUUUUUUAUUAAUUUAUUUGCACAAUUGGUGGCUGACUAAAUACUUUUUUGCCCCACUGUAAGUAAAUAUAUUGAUGAGCAGCUUAGGCAAGGUGCAAUAGCUGGAUAAGGUACAGUAUAUACAUAUGAGAUGAGUAAUGUGAGAUGUUAACAUUAUUAAAGUGGCAUUGUUUUUGAAGUGGCAUUUAUUAAAGUGGCCAGUGAUGAGUCUCUUUGUUGGCAGCAGCCUCUGAGUUAGUGAGGCCUUGAGAUAGAAGCUGUUUUUCAGUCUCUCGGUCCUAGCUUAGAUGCACCAUGUACUGACCUCGCCUUCUGGAUGGUAGCGGGGGGAACAGGCAGUGGCUCGGGUGGUUUUAGUCCUUGAUGAUCUUUUUGGCCUUCCUGUGACAUCAGGUGCUGUAGGUAUCUUGGAGGGCAGGUAGUUUGCCCCCGGUGAUGCGUUGUGCAGACCGCACCGCCCUCUGGAGAGCCUUGCAGUUAAGGGUGGUGCAGUUGCCGUACCUCUACGGACAAUUAUUUUGCCCUCAUGGCUUGGUUUUUGCUCUGACAUGCACUGUCAACCGUGGGGCAUUAUGCAGACAAGUGUGUGCCUUUCCAAAUCAUGUCCAAUCAAUCGAAUUUACCACAGGUGGACUCUAAUCAAGUUGUAGAAACAUCUCAAGGAUGAUCAAUGGAAACAGGAUUCACUUGAGCUCAAUUUUGAGUCUCAUAGCAAAGGGUAUGAAUACUUAAAAAAAAGUGCAAACAUUUCUAAAAUGUUUUCGCUUUGGCAUUAUGGGUUUUGUGUGUAGAUUUGAGAAACAAGGCUGGAACUUAACAAAAUUUGGAAAAAGUGAAGGGGUUUGAAUACUUUCCAAAUGCACUGUAUUUUAUAUUUAUCUGCUUCUGGUAAUAUCACCAUGUUAUGUGAACAGUUGAUUGUGAAUGAUAAACUCUAAAGUUGUAUCAGCAAAUCAGUUAUCAUAAUUUUUAAUGGUUGUUGUGGGUGGCGCUGAGCUGAUUUUACUGAGUCCUAGAGCCUAGUAGACCUGCUUUCAUCUAUGCAGUGUUUUCAGUGAAGGAAAGAUGACAAAGGUAGGCCACUUUGUACAAUGUGUGCCAAAUUAAUAGCCUCUCUACUGCUGUUUUUCCUUCACGAACACUAAUACAUGUAGGUACGGGUGAGGUAUGAAUUAGUGUGUCUAACAACAAUAAAAAUAAAAAUAAUGGCAAAAUGAGUCAAAAUGAGUAAUAUAAAUCGUAUAAUGUAUCAGUUUCACUAUGCCACAUAAAAUUCAAGAUAGUUGAACAGAUUGUCAAUACCAUGGCAUCAGGCUGAACUGAUAUACAAAACAACAAUUGAUGCAUCAAUUACUUAUUUUCAAUUUAAAGGCUCGGAACCUUUUUUUUACAUUUGUAGGAGAAUAUAACACAUUAAAUAUGGUAAAAGAUAAUACAAAGGAAAAAAACAAUAGUUUUUUGCAAAUUUUUUGAAAUGCAAGAGAAAGGUCUUAAUGUAUUAUUCCAGCCCAUGUGCAAUUUAGAUUCUGGCCA